CCGGAAAACAAGCCGGGGCUCUGGGGACCCGGGCUCAGGCCGCCUCGCUCCGGCCUAGCCCCUCCACCUUAGUUGUGUCAUCCCCCGGGCAUGCUGAGCAUCCCCCGCGGCCCCUGCACAGACGCGCGAGCCUCAGGUCUCUGCCUCCGCGCGGGGGCCCGGCCGUGUGGCCGGAGGGAGCGGCCGGAUGGAGCGGAGGAUGAAAGGCGGAUACUUGGACCAGCGAGUGCCCUACACCUUCUGCAGCCAGAAAUCUCCCGGAAAUGGGAGCUUGGGCGAAGCGCUGAUGGUCCCGCAAGGGAAACUCAUGGACCCGGGCUCCCUACCGCCUUCCGACUCCGAAGAUCUCUUCCAGGAUCUCAGUCACUUCCAAGAGACGUGGCUCGCUGAAGCUCAGGUGCCAGACGACGAUGAGCAGUUUGUUCCUGAUUUCCACUCAGAAACCUUAGCCUUCCACAGCCCCACCACCAGGAUCAAGAAGGAGCCCCAGAGUCCCCGCACAGAACCCGCCCUGUCCUGCAGCAGGAAGCCAUCACUCCCCUACCACCAUGGAGAGCAGUGCCUUUACUCCAGUGCCUAUGACUCCCCCAGACAAAUCGCCAUCAAAUCCCCUGCCCCUGGUGCCCCUGGACAGUCGCCCCUGCAGCCCUUUCCCAGGGCAGAACAGCCGCAGAGCCUCCUGAGAUCCUCCAGCACUUCGCAGUCCCACCCUGGCCACGGGUACCUUGGUGAGCACAGCUCCGUCUUCCAGCAGCCCCUGGACAUGUGCCACUCCUUCACAUCUCCUCAGGGAGGGGGCCGGGAACCUCUCCCAGCCCCCUACCAGCACCAGCUGUCGGAGCCCUGCCCGCCCUACCCCCAGCAGAGCUUCAAGCAGGAAUACCACGACCCCCUGUAUGAACAGGCUGGCCAGCCGGCUGCGAGCCAGGGUGGGGUCACUGGGCACAGGUACCCAGGGGCGGGGGUGGUGAUCAAACAGGAGCGCACAGACUUCGCCUAUGACUCAGAUGUCCCUGGGUGCACAUCAAUGUACCUCCACCCGGAGGGCUUCUCUGGGCCCUCUCCAGGUGAUGGAGUGAUGGGUUAUGGCUAUGAGAAAUCUCUUCGACCAUUCCCAGACGAUGUCUGCAUUGUCCCUGAAAAAUUUGAAGGAGACAUCAAGCAGGAAGGGGUUGGAGCUUUCCGGGAGGGGCCCCCCUACCAGCGCCGGGGUGCCUUGCAACUGUGGCAGUUUCUGGUGGCCCUGCUGGAUGACCCAACGAAUGCUCAUUUCAUUGCUUGGACAGGCCGGGGGAUGGAGUUUAAACUAAUUGAACCUGAAGAGGUUGCCAGGCUCUGGGGCAUCCAGAAGAACCGGCCAGCCAUGAAUUACGACAAGCUGAGCCGCUCACUGCGAUACUAUUAUGAGAAAGGCAUCAUGCAGAAGGUGGCUGGCGAACGCUAUGUGUACAAGUUUGUGUGUGAGCCCGAGGCUCUGUUCUCUCUGGCCUUCCCAGAUAAUCAGCGUCCAGCUCUGAAGGCCGAGUUUGACCGGCCAGUCAGUGAGGAGGACACAGUCCCUUUGUCCCACUUGGAUGAGAGCCCUGCCUACCUCCCAGAACUGGCUGGCCCUGCUCAGCUCUAUAGCCACAAAGGUGGAUAUUCUUUCUAGGCACCAGUGGCUUCCCCUUGCCGGGAGUGGGGCUGCCCAGUGUACAUAUCAACAGAUUUGGUGUUGGAGAAGCCCUCAUGCUGACACCCACUGAAGACUCUGGGGUCAUAUCUCCACUAUCCCACCUUACUCCGGCCAGACUCGGCUGCUAAGCAGAGUCUGCAGGAAGGACAGUGGAGGCAGGACAAGUCUAAGGGCAGCAACUCCGAAGUUCGCUGUGGUUUGCCUCUGCCCAGGUCUUACUCGGAGGCGGUUCCCCACCCUGACCACAGAGAACCCCCGUUUGUUCUGUUCUGGGUACAGAGACAAGGGGCUUCCUAACUUUAUUAUGGCAGCAGG